AUGCGUGGGCAAGAGCUGCCCCGUGAGCGUGGGCACAUGCGUGUGCAAGAGCCACCCUCUGUGCACAGGCACACGCGUGUGCAGGAGCUACGGUUCCUGCGGGACGACUACACCAUCCAGGUGGCCAUCAAUGACUACCUGGACAUCUACUGCCCGCACUACGAGGGGGCCGUGCCCGCCGGCCGGGCAGAGACCUUCACGCUCUUCAUGGUGGACCAGGAGGGCUACCGCGGCUGCUACGAGACCCCCGGCGCCUUCAAGCGCUGGGAGUGCAACCGGCCCCAGGCGCCCUUCAGGCCCCUCCACUUCUCGGAGAAGAUCCAGCGCUUCACCCCCUUCUCGCUCGGCUUCGAGUUCCAGCCGGGGGAGACCUACUACUACAUCU